UUCGAAAUCAGCCAAUCAGAGAGCGCCAAAUCCACACACCCAUUUCUUACAGCGUGGUAAACAACCCAUUUUCUUCGAAGCGGCUCAGCGGCAAGUUGGAGGAACCUAGUAAAGAUCUGGACUUUGUACCGUGACAUUCAAACAUGCCUUCAUUUCCACAAUACCUGACUGUUGAUCAAGAGAAUGAGCUCCGAAGGAUUGCCAAUGCCAUCGUGGCACCAGGGAAAGGAAUACUGGCAGCUGAUGAAUCCACUGGUACAAUGGGUAAGAGGUUUGCCUCCAUUGGGGUAGAGAAUACGGAGGAGAACAGGCGACGAUACAGGGAACUGUUGUUUACGGCGGACCCCGUGGUCGCGCAGAAUAUCAGCGGCGUCAUUCUGUUCCACGAGACAUUCUACCAAAAGGCAAAGGACGGCACACCAUUUGUCAAGAUUCUGAAGGACAAAGGCAUGAUUCCUGGCAUCAAGGUCGACAAAGGAGUUGUUCCCCUUGCUGGAACAGAUGGAGAGAGUACAACACAAGGUUUGGAUAGUUUAUCUGAACGCUGUGCACAGUAUAAGAAAGAUGGAGCAGAAUUUGCCAAAUGGAGAUGUGUUCUCAAGAUCGGUUCUCACACCCCUACCUAUCAGGCCAUGUUUGAGAAUGCUAAUGUCCUGGCUCGGUAUGCCAGCAUAUGUCAACAGAAUGGCCUUGUUCCAAUAGUUGAACCAGAGGUCCUUUGUGAUGGAGACCAUGAUUUAGAAACAGCACAAAAAGUAACUGAACAGGUUCUUGCCUUCACCUACAAAGCCCUGGCUGACCACCACGUCUUUCUGGAGGGAACGUUACUGAAACCAAACAUGGUCACUGCGGGUCAGUCCUGUAUCAAGAAAUACACACCUGAACAGAACGGCAGAGCCACAGUCAUAGCCCUCAGUAGGGGGGUACCUGCAGCUGUACCGGGGAUCACCUUUUUGUCAGGAGGCCAGUCUGAGGAAGAUUCUACCAUCAAUCUGAAUGCCAUAAAUCUCUGUCAAGGCCCCAAGCCCUGGGCUCUUACCUUCUCAUUCGGGCGAGCUUUACAGGCCUCGGUACUGAAGGCCUGGCAGGGCAAGGAUGAGAACGUGAAGGCUGCACAGCAGCAACUUCUGACCAGAGCUAGGGCCAAUGGACUUGCUGCCAUGGGAAAAUACCAAGGAGGAGAAUCAGGAAAAGCUUCAGGAGAGUCUCUGUUUGUAGCCAACCACUCGUACUAAAGGCCGUUAUAAACAAUAAAAUACUACUGCAAUAGAAACUGUAAUAAAUAAUAAAAUCCGCAAUAGAAACAUUUAGAGCAAUACCUGGGAGACUUGAGAACCUCAUCUUAAUCUCUUGGUAGCGAUUACAGGACGCAACAUCAUUUUUAAAUGUCAUAAUAUAUCUUGUACAUUCCCAUCUUGAUGUGCUAUAUAGUUUAUUUCCAACUGAUCUCACAUCUUUUAACAUGCUACACCAGCUUCAGAGUUGAUGCAUUGCUGUAUUUGCAAUAUUUAGACAUUUUAAAUAUUCAAAAACACAUACUUUUGAGCUGACUUAUCUGUGAUUGGCAUUGAUACUGAGUACCUUAUUAUUUCAUGUAUUAGGAGGCCAAGUUUCAUUUAUUGAUGUACAUGUAGUUAAAAAUGAACUAAAUGUUUGAUUAAAUGUAAGGAUUGUCCUAGACUGUUAGACAUUAUUUAAUCUUUUCAUUAUGUAAUAUUCAAUGCAACCUAUUAUAUUAUACAUGUUUAGGUACAUGUAUUCACCAGCUUUUGUUUCAUUUUACUUUGAAUAUAUGCAAAGAAUAUGAGGGAAUAAUAAAUUUUAAAAAAAAAGGA